AUGCAGGCAAAUAAUGCUGAGAUUGUAGGUAUGAAGUCUGUCACCCUAGAGAUGAUUGCCUACAUAUGUGUCCAGGUUUUCAGCUCCUCUGGUGAAUUGCUCACUAUUGAACCUGAGAAGGACAAGGAGUCAUCAAUUGCAGCCAUUUUGAGAGCUCAGAAGGCUUGCAAAGGGUGUGGACAGUCCUAA